AUGGCGUAUGCGGGAGGACAAUAUCAACAGCCAGAGCAGUAUGCACCGAUUGUUCCUCUUGGUCUUCAAAGCCAAAUUUCAGGUUUUGAGACGAUGAUGCAUGGCAACAAGAACGACAACAACGUCAUGAUGAUGACGUAUGAGAGAGAACAGUAUCAAUAUCAACAGCCACAGGAAUAUGCACCGAUUGUUCCUACUCCUCUUCAAAGCCAAGAUUUAGGAUAUGAGAACAACAACAACGUCAUGACGAUGACGAAUGGGGGAGAACAAUAUCAAUAUCAACAGCCACAGGCCCACAGCAAUAUGCACCGAUUGUUCCUACUCCUCUUCAAAGCCAAGAUUAUGGAUUUGAGGCGAUGA